AUUUCCGCCGCCGGUUCGGGCGGACUCGGCGCCCGCCGGCCUCGCUCGCUCCGGUAACGGUCGGUGCGGGUUCAAAUGAGCCGCGGCCGGGCCGGGCCCCGCCGUGACUCGCUCUGAGCCGGGCCGGGACCGGGGCCACCCCGCUCGGGCUCAGCGACCAGGAGGCGGAGGCCGGGGAGAGCAGGAUGACGGUGCUGCAGGAACCCGUCCAGGCUGCUAUCUGGCAAGCACUGAACCACUACGCGUAUCGCGAUGCCGUGUUCCUCGCAGAAAGGUUAUAUGCAGAAGUACACUCAGAAGAAGCACUGUUUUUACUGGCAACGUGUUACUACCGCUCAGGAAAGGCCUACAAAGCUUACAGGCUCCUAAAGGGACACAGCUGUACCACCCCACAGUGUAAAUACCUGCUUGCAAAAUGUUGUGUGGACCUCAGCAAGCUUGCAGAAGGAGAGCAGAUCUUGUCUGGUGGAGUGUUGAAUAAACAGAAAAGCCAUGAUGACAUUGUUAUGGAGUUUGGUGACUCUGCAUGCUUUACACUCUCCUUACUGGGACAUGUCUACUGCAAGACAGACCGGCUUGCCAAAGGAUCAGAAUGUUACCAAAAGAGCCUUAGUUUAAAUCCUUUCCUCUGGUCCCCUUUUGAAUCACUAUGUGAAAUAGGUGAAAAGCCAGACCCUGACCAAACGUUUAAGUUAACAUCCUUACAGAACUUCAGCAGCUGUCUGCCCAACACUUGCACAACAGUGGUGUCUAAUCACAACAUAUCCCACAGACAGCCCGAGAGUGUCCUCAUGGAGACACCCCAGGACACAAUUGAGUUGAACAGAAUCAACCUAGAGUCCUCCAAUUCAAAGUAUUCCUCCUUGAAUUCGGAUUCUUCCAUGUCUUACAUUGACUCAGCUGUGAUUUCCUCAGAUUCUGUCCCUCUGGGGUCAGGAACUGCCAUAUUGUCCAAACAGGCUCAGAAUAAACCAAAAACUGGACGGAGUUUACUGGGGGGACCUGCAGCUUUGAGCCCACUAACUCCAAGCUUUGGAAUUUUGCCACUAGAAACCCCGAGCCCUGGAGAUGGAUCCUAUUUACAGAACUACACCAACUCCUCCUCUGUCAUCGAUGUGCCAUCCACCGGAGCACCUUCCAAGAAGAAACUCUGUGUCGUGCAGACUGUCAGCAGGAUCAGCCAGGCUGGAACAAAGUCUGUCUUCUCCCAGAGUGGGAACAGCCGGGAAGUCACUCCAGUUCUUGUUGCACAAACACAGAGCUCUGGUCCACAGACAAGUACAACACCUCAGGUAUUGAGCCCAACCAUUGCUGCUCCACCCAACGCGCUGCCUCGACGAAGCUCUCGCCUGUUUACCAGUGAUAGUUCCACAACCAAGGAAAACAGCAAAAAAUUAAAAAUGAAGUUUCCGCCUAAGAUUCCAAACAGAAAAACAAAAAGUAAAACAAAUAAGGGAGGAAUAACUCAACCAAACUUAAAUGACAGUUUGGAAAUUACCAAACUGGACUCUUCCAUCAUUUCUGAAGGGAAAAUUUCCACUGUUGCACCACAAAUCCAAGCUUUCACGCUACAGAAGGCAGCAGCAGAAGGUUUGAUGAGCCUUCUCCGGGACAUGGGGAAAGGUUAUUUAGCCUUGUGCUCAUACAACUGCAAAGAAGCCAUCAAUAUUUUGAGCCAUUUGCCAUCCCACCACUACAACACAGGCUGGGUGCUGUGCCAAAUUGGGAGAGCUUACUUUGAGCUGGCAGAAUACAUGCAGGCUGAGAGAAUAUUUUCAGAAGUGAGGAGGAUUGAAAACUACCGAGUAGAAGGCAUGGAAAUCUAUUCAACCACACUCUGGCAUCUGCAGAAAGAUGUUGCCCUUUCAGUUCUUUCGAAGGAUUUGACAGACAUGGAUAAAAACUCACCAGAGGCCUGGUGUGCAGCAGGAAACUGCUUCAGCUUGCAGAGGGAGCACGACAUUGCCAUCAAGUUCUUCCAGAGGGCCAUCCAGGUGGAUCCAAACUAUGCCUAUGCCUACACCCUGCUGGGCCACGAGUUUGUGCUGACAGAAGAGCUGGACAAGGCACUGGCCUGCUUCAGGAACGCCAUCAGGGUCAACCCCCGGCACUACAACGCCUGGUACGGGUUGGGAAUGAUUUAUUACAAACAGGAGAAGUUCAGUCUGGCAGAAAUGCAUUUCCAGAAAGCACUUGAUAUCAACCCUCAGAGCUCAGUCCUGCUGUGUCACAUUGGAGUAGUCCAACACGCACUGAAAAAAUCUGAGAAAGCUUUGGACACUUUGAACAAAGCAAUCAACAUUGACCCCAAGAACCCACUAUGCAAAUUCCACAGAGCCUCGGUGUUGUUUGCAAACGAGAAGUACAAGUCGGCUUUACAAGAACUUGAAGAACUGAAACAGAUUGUUCCCAAAGAGUCUCUUGUUUACUUUUUAAUAGGAAAGGUUUAUAAAAAGCUGGGUCAGACACAUCUGGCCCUAAUGAAUUUCUCCUGGGCAAUGGACCUGGAUCCCAAAGGAGCCAACAACCAGAUCAAGGAGGCCAUAGACAAGCGUUACCUGCCCGACGACGAGGAGCCCAUCACGCGCGAGGAGCAGAUCAGCGAGUGCUACCCCUACGAGUCAGUGGGCACGGACGAGUCCCAGGAGAGCAGCAUGACGGAUGCGGAUGACACGCAGCUGCACGCCGUGGAAAGUGAUGAAUUUUAACCUCCAAGAGCCAGUGUCUGAGCUUGAGUGUGUGUGACUGGUACUGUCGUGUUCUCCCCUUCCUUGGCAUCCUGGGUUCUACAUCUCUGAGCCAGCACUGUCGUUGUUCUCCACUGACACCACGAGUGCACCUCAGACCUGAACUUAGCAGAGUUCAUGGCAGUGCAAUAUCCAGCUGCUGCUGAGUCUGACUAGUUGGCUCUCACACAUUUAUGGCAGUGACUGAGGAGAAAAUGCUGGCUUUGAACUCCCCCUUGCUGGAAAAAAAUAUCAUGGAAGACAGACUUGUGCUUUGCUGUAUGGAAGCCAGUAGAUGUGGGGAUAGUACUAAUGACGAGGUGUCUUGUUCUUUUUCCAGAAAUGUGUCUUAGUUUGGGUCUUUCUUGGUGAGCAGAGUGCUGAACCUCAUUUCCGAGUUCUCCGAGGACAGUGUUGACAAACAGGCUGUUCAAGACUUUUGCAUAUUGUAGUGUAACUUAAAUGCCAGGGAGUGUCAAUGACCUUAAAGCUGCAGUGUCUCCAGUGAGCAACCAGGACUGGGCGUGUGUCAGGCCACGUGAAACAGCCCUGUCCCUGCCCAGAGUGCAACUGCAGGAGAAUCACAUUGCAGGAUCAGAGCUUUCAUCAAAUGCUUUUCAUGUUCUAACCAUGAGUUAAUUUAUUCACCCGGUUUUGGAAAGGUCAGUGUUUACUUUGUACUUCUGUCAGCACCACCUCGCUUCAUUUUUCGUGCACCCCUUGACCUGUUCUUCCCCCUUUGAAGAAUAAAAAUGAAUAAAGGGAAAAAUCAAGAGAGAAACGUAGAUACAAGUGUAAUGUGAAACACCAAACCCUUAAUGCUGUGAGAGUGGGAAGACUGGAAGCCUUAAUACAAUCAGAACCUUGGUCGAACACAUCAAAUAAUUGUCUCAGAUCAGUCUCUCCUUAGGUCUGCUAUCACUUGGAAAACUAUUUUGUAAAGUGUGGUCCAAGCAGGAUGCAAAAAUGUGCAAUUAUUUGUCUUUUUCCUUAUUUUUUUUUAAGCUGUUCUUUCAGUUUCCCAUUCUAGGAACACUUUCCUUUCCUCGAGGGUCUGUUUCUGAGAGGAGAAAGCUGUGCCACGUUAGUGAGUCCAAACUGCUCUCUGUAGCAUUCUGCAGCAGCAACUGGUGCCCUUUGUGCAGUGAUGAUAAAGAAAGUGUAUGAUACAAGCAGUUUUAAAGAGCAAUUUAUGCCUAAUAAAUUGGGAAUGAUACAAAUUUCAUA